UAUCCCUCAUUCCUCACCACUGUCCAUACCGAUCCCACCACCAGCAACCGCCAAAAUGUGGUCCUCCGUCCUGACCCUGGCUGCCGCCGCACUUCCUCUCGUCCACGCCCAUGGGGCUGUGACUUCUUAUCAGAUUGGCGGUGUCACCUACCCGGGCUACGAGGGCUUCUCUCCCGCUUCGUCCCCUAUGACCCCAUCAUGAACCCAGCCGAUUCCAAGAUGCGGUGCAAUGGUGGCCGCGGUGCCGACCUCGUCGCCCCCGUCGCCGCCGGCACCAACAUCACCGCCUUCUGGAAACAGUGGACACACGCCCAAGGUCCUGUGAUGGUGUGGGCUUUCAAGUGCAGCGGAGCACACUCGCAAUGCACCGGCGACGGCAAGGGCUGGUUCAAGAUCGACCAGAUGGGACUCUGGGGCAGCAACCUGAACUCGGAGAACUGGGGCACCGCCACCGUGUUGAAGACCGGCAAGUGGAGCAGCAAGAUUCCCAGCAACCUCAAGGCCGGAAACUACCUCAUUCGACACGAGCUGUUGGCCCUGCACCAGGCCAACACCCCACAGUUCUAUCCCGAGUGUGCCAACAUCGAGGUCACAGGCUCCGGAACCGACCUGCCGCCCGACAACUACAUGUACAGCAUCCCUACGUAUGCCCCCAUGUCAGACCCCGGCGUGAGGGUCGACAUUUACCAGGGUGGUUUGACUUCAUACUCUCCCCCUGGCGGCUCCGUGUGGCCGGGCUUCAAAUAG